GCGGCGGCUGCGGCAACGGCGGUGGCGGUGUACUCGGCUGUCAGUGCCGAUUCUGUGGAGUGUCUGCGCCAACCGAAAAAAAGCACAGGUCCACACACGCAGACGAGAAACACGAAUUAGAAAAAAAAAAUUUCAAUACAAUCUUACACACACAUACGACCGAAAUUAUUUUUUUUUUGUGUCGUCGAGUGGUUGACGACGACGGCUAGCCACUACGCUACAGCACAUUACUGCGACGACGACGACGACGACGACGACGAUACCGCCGAGAUCGUGUCCCCGUACUCGCGGGUGUCCUGAAAAUUGAAUAGUAAUAAUAAUAUAAAUUAUUGUUAUUAUUUAUUUUUUUUUUUAUUUUUACUUUCCGCUGUGUGUGAUUUUUGUGCGUGUUUCCGAAGUGUGGUGUCGUGUGCGAGCGUUGUUUCUCAACUCGUUUCGGUGGCCGCGGACGACCGCAGCAGACGGACGCAUGAAUAUCCGCGAAUUUUCAACAAUAUUGUUGUUUCAUUGUAUUUAGUUUUAUAAUUUUUUUUUUGUUUUAUGAAAUACAUACGUACGCGCGUUUAUGUGUAUAUUUAUAAAUAGACACAUAUAUUUUUAUACUACGUAUGAGUUCAUCGUAUACAUAGAUUAAAUUCGUCGUGUACCUAUAUAUAUCAAGUCGCGAACAGACGAAAACAAAUCAUAUCACUGAGAAGAUAUCCCAACUAUAUAUAUAACCGGCCCGAAUACAGCCAUUGAGCCACCGGCGCGUUAGCAAACUGAAGACACUAGUCAACACUACUGGAACGCUAGGUGGCAAAUCAGCAGCUGCAUCAAAGAUUGUUACAAGGAAGUAAGCUCUCGACAAAACACACACAUUUUCAUCCCCGUUGGUUUCAAGAAUCUAAUUUAACUUAUCGAGGCCAAAAAUUUAUAUUUUAAUUUAUGAUAAAAAAAAAUAAUGAUAAGUAAUAAUAAUUUAUAAAAAUUACAAGUCGUCGUUUUCCCGAGAAAAUAAGCUUGAUCUGUGAUAGUGUUAUUUUUUAUUUAAAUACUUUAUUUAUUUAAGUAUCAUCAUUAUUGAGAUCACAUAUAGUUUUCGUUUUUAUUUUACUUUUUAUUUCGCUUCGUAAAGUUAUUGAGAAAACAACUAAAAAAAUGCCUCAAAGUGCGGGCGUACUUACAAAUUCUAUUAUGAUAACUUUAAUACUACUGAUCAGUUCCUUGUGUGGAUGUUGGAGUUCUGAUGCGGAUCAACAUGUUUCUUCGUCUCCCACAUGUGACAGUAAUAUUUAUUGUUAUGGACCAUUGCUGCAUGCGAUUCAAAUGUCUAGCAUAUUCCCGGAUUCGAAAACGUUUGUUGAUAUGAAAAUGAAAUAUUCACCUAAUGAGACCAUGAACAUAUUCUUGGAAAUGAUGAAAAGGACAGGACAAAGGCCAUCAAAAUUAGAACUGGAGAUUUUCCUCAAUGAUACUUUCGAGAAAGAAGGUAGUGAAUUUGAAAUUUGGGAUCCCUCCGAUUGGAAGCCAGAGCCCAAAUUUAUUAGUGAAAUUAAGGAUCCAAAUUUUCAAGAAUGGGCUAGAGGUUUACAUUUACUAUGGAAACUGCUCGGUAAAAAAAUUAAAGAUGAUGUUCGUUUACAUCCCGACCAUUAUUCGAUUAUCUAUGUCCCAUAUCCGGUAAUCGUGCCCGGUGGCCGGUUCCGUGAAUUCUACUAUUGGGAUUCUUACUGGAUUAUUAGAGGUCUGUUACUAUCUGAGAUGUAUACUACAGUCAAAGGAAUGCUUAGCAACUUUUUAUCAAUUAUUAACACCUACGGUCAUAUUCCAAACGGCGGUAGAGUUUAUUAUGCCAUGCGGUCUCAACCUCCCAUGCUAGUUCCAAUGAUGAAAAGUUACAUCGAGGCUACAAAUGACACAAUUUUCCUCAAAGAAAAUGUAGAUAUACUGGAAAAAGAAUUUAGCUAUUGGAUGUUAAAUCAUACAGUAGACAUAGAAAAAGACGGAAAAAUGUACACAUUGGCAAGAUAUAAAGAUUCGUCAACAGGACCAAGGCCCGAAUCAUACAGGGAAGAUAUCAUGAGUGCACAAACACUAAAGACCGAUAACGAUAAAGAAAAUUACUAUUCUGAACUAAAGGCCGCUGCGGAAUCUGGGUGGGAUUUUUCCAGUAGAUGGUUUAUUCUAAAUGGAACAAAUAAAGGAAACUUGACCAACCUAAAAACACGAUUCAUCAUUCCGGUUGACUUGAACGCUCUGGUGUAUUGGAACGCCAAGAUACUGAGUGACUUUUACCGGGAGUUGAAUGUGUCCGACAAGGCUCUAAAAUACGAAAACAUCGCAAAUAAAUGGAUAGAAGCAGUGACGGCGAUACUGUGGCACGAAGAAGUAGGCGCAUGGCUCGAUUAUGACAUGUUGAAUGAAAUCAAGCGAGAUUAUUUUUACCCAACCAAUAUAUCGCCGCUAUGGACAGGAUGUUAUGACCCAAAGAAAACCGAUGACUUUGUGUCUCGAACGCUUAAGUACUUGGAAAAAACACAAAUAAUGAACAACCUGGGGGGCAUACCAACUACCUUGGAGCACUCCGGUGAACAGUGGGACUACCCAAAUGCGUGGCCCCCUCUCCAGUACAUAAUGGUCAUGUCACUGGAUGCUUCAGGCGACAACUGGGCCCAGGACUUGGCGUUCGAAAUAGCUGAGCGAUGGAUGAGGUCCAACUACAAGGCAUACAACGAGACCAACGCUAUGUAUGAAAAGUAUGAUGCAACCGUACCUGGAGGUCACGGUAGUGGAGGAGAGUACGAGGUGCAGCUAGGCUUUGGCUGGACUAACGGUAUAAUCCUUGAGUUCCUGCAGAAGUAUGGAUCCAGGGUCACGGCUGAAGACAAGUUCAUUGAAGCACCGCAGACCAGCGCCAAUAUAGAUGCCAGCAGAAGCAGUACUGACUACAACACCAAGACCGUAUCUUCAGCGACGCAAGUCAUGACUGCCACGCUUGCGAUACUGGCCACGAUAUCGGCCGGAUGCAUAGGGUUUGCCGUGUACAAAAAACGGUACCAGCUUUACGCGUCCGAUCGAGCCCUGUGCAAGAAAAUGUGCGGAGGCUACACCGAGCUCAAAGACCUGACGAGCGACUAAAAACGCCGACGACCUUGCACACCGACCGUCGUCCGUUCUUCGUCGAUUCACUGCAUCCGCGCUCUUCGACGUAGCCGCCCGGCGCUCGCGCGUCACCAUAAUAAUAAUAUUAUAUUAUUAAUUAUAAUAUUAUCGUUCCCGUCAACCCCAUACGAGGCGCAUUCACUUCGCCCCCAUCCUUCUCCUCCCUAAAAAACCCCCCUGUACACAAAAUGACCCGAAAUCAACACAUCACUUGUACUGCGGGAUACGAAUGAUGCGAUGAUAUUAUAUUAUAUGUAUAAUACAACCACAUAUUAUAUGUUUAGUACGCCGUAGUAUUAAUUGGCGUCCGGUCGACGUAUUUUUGAUGUUGUUGUUAUAUUAUUAUUAAUUUAUUAUUAUUUAUUUACUAUUAUUAUUAGUACCUAGUAGUAGUAAUAGUAGUAGGUAGGACUAUUAGCAAACGAUAACGUUGUCUUAGAACAUAAAAAUAUACCAAAAUCGACGAAAACGACACGAGUAAUAUUAUAGAUAUAAGACGACGAUCGUGUAUGUAUUACCUAUGUACACGGUUUGUGUGUAUUCUAGUGAUCUGAAAGUACAAAGUACGCUUAUCGUCGAUUUUUUAUUUUUACGUUUUCAAAGCGCACUUAGUGAUCGAUUUCGAAUAUUAAUAGACAAAAUCCGCCUGAAAACGAUUUCUAUACGGUUCGUAUUCGGUCAAACACCUAUAUACAGAUACAGAAAAUAAUCAUUAAUAAUGAAUACGGUUGUACAUAUUAUAAUAUUCGUAUAAUAUGCAUCACAUAGAUAAUAACUUUAACACACUAGAUUAGGUACACGUUUCUCUUUGAUUGCUCAUGUUUCAAACGUGCGAUUUGUGAUUUAUUUCAGUACCGAUUAUAUUUUGCGGAUUUGCAAUAUGAGUACCUCACGAAUUGCCAGUACCUAUAUACAUAUAUACCCAUAAUUGCCCUACGUAUAAAAUACUAUUCAAUUUAUUUGGUGACGACGUGAGUAAAAUUCUGGGUUUUUUCCGACCGUUCACCGUUGACUCAGACCGAAAACAACGACGGAGAACAUAAUAUUCUGUUAGACCGAACCGCCGGCUCCGUAAUACAGAGAUAUAGGUACGUAUACGCGUUUCGUUAUUACCUAUAUUUAUUAACGAUUUACCAAGGAAUCGCAUACGCUUUCCUAUAUAAUUUAUAAAAGCUAUCGAGUUAAAAUAUCGUUUGUAGAUUUUUUUUUGUACGGAAUAUCGAUUUACGUGGGUACCUACCUACGUACUUGUACGACCGAUAAACAAUAAUACUUUAUUGUUACAUAGGUAUUUUAAAAUGCCUACCUUUUAUACAAAACGCGAUCGUGUUCGAACAAUUAUGCGCACUUUGACGAUUUAAUGCUGUAAAUAGGUUGGUAGGUCAUAUGUUGCCUAUUUAAACGUCUAAAUCGUUGACGUACCUAUUAAAUAAACGAAUAUAAUAUUUAAUAAUACGUAUAUGAUUUAAUAUAAUAUAUUUCACGAAAACAAUUCCCGAUAACGUCAAAUGCUUAAAACGUUUUAUUUUUUACCCCUCGAUUUUUAGAUAGGUACACUCAACACUGCUUACACUAAAACUGCAGGUAUACAACGAGGUACACGUGUAUAUUAUAUAUUUAUAUAUUGGUGAACAAUACUCUAUAUUAUGUUCCAAAUGCAUAUUUAUAAUUUUUGAAUUUUUUUUUAUUUUAACAUAUUAUUUUCCAAUGCUAUUACCGAGAUGCUUCCGUGAAAAUAUCAACUGUGAGAAUAUGAAGAUAUUAUUGUGUGACAACGACUAUGACGCUGAAUCGUAAUAUUAUUGAUUUCAUUUCUAUAUUAACUACAAUCGCCGCAGACGACAUACCAUCGUUUUCAAUAUUGGUACCUAUGUUAUUAUAAUGAAUAAUUACCAUAUAGUAUAUUAUACAAUUUAAGUGCACAAUAAUAACCGAUUCAGAUUUAGCUGCGCAGUGAUUAAUCACAAGUCGCUUUAAGGUAAUUAUCUUACCAACGAAAGCAAAAAUUAUCUAGGUUGUUAAUUUAUUCUAUUUAGGUAUUCUUAAUACGAUGAUAAUAAUAUAAUAAUAGUAAUAAUAAUAUAAUUCGUUUCUAUUCGUGUAAUAUAAUAUGCUUCUUUUAUCUCGAGUGUAGGUAUAAGGUAUAGGUACAUAUUUUAUUAUAAUCAUUCCUAAUAGUACAUAGAAUAAUAAUAUGUUAUACUAUUAUAAAUAAUUGAAAUAAUGCGUAUGACCAUCAGCGGUGUUCCGAUUUGAUUGUUUGGUUAAAUAUUAAAGAAAAAGAAGUAGUUCAACUAGUCCGAGUGUGCCUAGACAUGAGUAGGCAAUUUGGGCAGAAGCUUAGGCCGAAUUUUUCAAGACAUUCUUCUUGUGAGAAUGUACACACCUACAUUAGCAAUAAAAUUUGAAACAAAGUAACCUAUCUACUAUAAAAAGCUGUACUUCAAAUAAAUAUGUUCGUUAAGUAAUUUUCAAAAAUCGUUGAAGGCAUUGUAGAAAUUCAGAGUAUAAAUACAUAACUAUUACAUGUUAUCGUAAUAUUAUGUUUUAAAGUCACGGGUUUGCUGUCAGAGAAAUAGAAAUACAAAAAUCUUGAGCUCUGUUUUCACGGUACUUCUGAUGUAAAAAGAUGUGUUCACGUCUAAAAACCUGAUACCUCAGUUCUGAUAUUUAUACACUAUCUCCAAUAAAUUCGUGUGAAUAAAUGUUAAAAUUCGAACUUUGUAAGUUGCAAGUGGUAGACGCGGUUGUUGGUGUAUAGUCCAAGGAAAUUUUCCCAGCUCUAAAAUUAAAAAUAAUAACAGCUAUAUAAUACCUAAUUCACAACGUAAACCCCCUCAGUAUUGGGCUAUUAAGCAAUUAUUAUUGUAACAUUGGAAAAUUCGUUAAAGACAAUUUGCAUUUGUUAAAUAUUCACACCGGAAUCUCAAUCCUCAGACGCGCAGCGCAUGCAUAUAUACCAACAACCCACUAUAAUAUCUAUAUACAAUGACAUUCGCGUGGGUACGUAACUUUAAAUAUCUGCAAUUGUGGCGCAGGUACUAAAAGCGUGUUUAUGUUAUGAUAUCGUAUCGUCUAUAUUACAAUAAUUGUUAUUAUUGUAACAGAAGUUAAUUAUAAUAAUAUGUAGUACGUUACCUACGUAUUGGGUACGUGCUCGAUCGCGGUCGGACAUUUCGAUGUCGUUAUUUUUACUUUAUAAUAUUCUCUUAGAAAUAUCGUACACAAUAUAAACAUAAUUAUAUAAAUAUGGUAUUUUUCGUCGUGUGUUUGUAACAAAGCGCUUUAUAUUUUACGUUAUUUUGAUACAUCAAACAUUGCAGUGUAUUACUGUAGUAGCUGUACAACUGUAGCCGUAAGACAAUCUUUUUACUUUGCAUGUACCUAUUAUAGUAUAAUAUAUAAAUAUAUAUAUGUAUGGUAGGUAUGCUUAUAUAUAAUAAUACAAAACAUAAUACAAUUUAUAGCUGUGACGUUUGCGAAUUUUUUUCUCUUUUCCUUAAAUAAAUUCUUAUGAUUUAGGUAUAUAAUAUUACGACUGAUAGAUGAUUAGGAUCGCAUAUAAUAUUUAUAUACAUACCUACGUACUCGUGUUGUAGGUAUGUAUUAUAGGAAUCGCGCUGUAAAUUGUAAUAAUAAAUAUUAUAUUAUAUUUUUAACACGAGAUUUUGUGAAUCGUUACCUAUAAUGUAGCGUGAUGACCCGAUUACUGUGUCGGUAUAGUACCUAUCUAUAUUGUGAAUAAAUGUUUAAUGUUUAUUGUUUGUAUAAAUUACAGAGAUGUGUACCGUAUUAUAAAAUACGCAGCACAUCACAAUAAUACGUUGUUACGAUUCGUUUUGUUGAUUUUUGUCAGGUUCUCUCGAGUGCAAUGAUGUAGCAAUGAUAAUAUAUUGUAUAGGUAGUGUGUGGUCUACCCUCUCGACAUAUUGUGAUCGGCCGGCCGAGUCUUUCGAAAAAAAAAAAUGUAUUCCUAUAUUAUAAUAUAUAUAAAUUAUUGUGCUGACAAAUGCUGUGACGGGUGGGGAAUCGUAAGUUCCUACACGAAAAAAAGGUACGUAUGUUAGUUUCUACACGAUGGAAGACAGGUACAUGUGUAAGUUCCUACAGGGUAAAAAAAAGGUACACGUGUAAGUUCCUACACUAAGUAUAUUAUAAGUUAUCAAUCCACGUCUAUAAAAUACUGUCAUACAUUUUAACCCUUUAUUGUGUAUAAUAUAUAAUUUAAUAAUUUAAAAAAUAAUAAUUGUAAUAUAAUAAUAUAAUAAUUGUAAAAAAAAAUAUAAGUGAAAUAAUUAUUUUUUCAUGUAACACAAACAUAGAGUUUUUAAAACAGAGGUGUUUGGCUGUAGAUUUCAUUUGGGCCAAGCUUGGUUUCGUAAAAUACAAUAUAUAGGUUAUGCAUUACAAUUUAAUUCAGUUGACGAUGUAGGAAAAUGGUUGAUACAUAUUUUUGGACUUUCUUUUCUAAAUCCAGAGGAAGUGGAGGAUUGUUUUACAGAAUAGAUAAUUUUAUGGCAGAUAAACCUGACAAUUCAGCAAUCACAGAAUUUUGUGAUUAUUUAAUUGAUAAUUAUAUUACAAAUAAUAGUAUUUUUCCACCGAAAAUAUGGGCUAAACAAUCUUCUGAUAAAAUACACACGACAAACGCAUUUACGCAUGUGAAAGUUUUCAUUCGGAUUUUAAUUCAAAUUUUUAUCAUAACAUCCGCAUAUUUUUAAAAUUAUCGAAAUUCUCAAAUUAUUUUAAGUUAAUACAUACAUAAAAAUAAGAACACUGAACAACUGAGAGUAAUUUAGUAAUUAAAAUAAAUCAAAAACAUGCCGAAAAAAAAAUUUUAUAAAUCAAAAAAUAAAAGAAUAUUCAACUAAACAAAUUAAUCAAUAUGACUACGUAAAGCUUAAGCUUCAGAAAUAAAUCUCAUAAAAUAUAAUAUUUUUUUUUUUAUUGUUUUAUUAUAUUAAAAUUAUUAAAUUGAUAAUAUUUAUUAGGUUAAUUAUUAAAUAUUGUAAAGAAUGCACUGCUUUAUAUUUUUUACAAUAAAUGAUGAAUUAUUAUUAGGUAAAUUAUUAAAUAUUAUAAAUAAUUAUUUAUUAUAUAGAAUAAAGGGUUAAAAUAUAUGACAGUAUUAUAAUAUGAUAUAACUGAUAUUAAAAUAUUAAAUUGAUAACUUAUAAUACACUUAGUGUAGGAACUUUCACGUGUACCUGCUUUUUACUGUGUAAGAACUUACAUAUGUACUUUUUUAUCGUGUAGGAACUAACAUAUGUAUCUUGUUUACCUGCUAGGUCUCGUGUAGGAACUUACAUUCGCCCUGACGGGUAGACCGCCCGUGUUAUUAAUUAUUAUUAUUAUUAUUAUUAUUAAUAUUAUAAUUACGAUUUAUUAAGUAUUAUUAUAAUAAUUACCAUUAUUGUAAGCUGGUGUACUCAUCGCCGUAAUUAUAGUGGCUGUUUAUAAAAAUAAAAACAAAAUUUAAAAAUUUA